AUCGGCUAUCGGCACAACUAUCGGCAAGGAAUCGAAACAAACACCACGCAUUUAUUUCAACAGCACACGUUCAACAAAGGGAACAAAGACGACUUGCAGCAGUGAAACGAAAAACGCGCAGUCAUCAUUUUGAGUAGCACUUGGAGCAGCAGUCACGCACAGCUCCCAUGUCGCAGAUUGACAAUAUUUUUAAUCAGGUGCGUGCCCGCCUGCAGGCCCAAAGCAUCAAGCUGUGGGAGGAGCCUUACUAUUCCGAAGGCGUGGGCAGCAUUGAGGCCUCCAUUGAACAUCUGGCUGAUGACUACGGCACCCAGCUGGGUAUCGACGCAUCACGCUGCAAGUGCGUACUUAUAGAGCUGCAGGAUAACGCGCUGCGGAAGCUCGCAGCUCGUCGGGAGUUCAGUGAAACGGGAUUGGCCACGUUCAAGGUGCGACGGGUAGAUAAUCGCAAUGGCACCACCAGCAUACUGGACAUCAAGUGUGACUUGAACGAACUGGGCUCCAAACUACAGCAGACGAUUGCGGCCAAGCUGCAGCUCAGCGAUGCCAAUCACGUCAAGUGCAUCUCGGCGGGACGCAUUAUCUCUCCAAAUGCAACGCUGGCUGCACAGCAGCUCAAAAACAAUCAGCAGCUCAUUGUGAUCGUUGGACAGGGCGACGACCAGAACGCGGCACUGCACGAGCGAAUCGGCAAGAUCAAGGCGGAUGUCGAUGCGGUGGUCGCAUCCCAGAGCCAGCUAAUGGAGAUGGAGGAUCAGGAUGGCAAUCCGGUGUUUCUGCCGCCAAACGAGAAUCGCGCACUUUUAACGGGUAUGGGCUACUGCGAGAAGGCGCGCGUGGCAAUGCACCGUGAGGAUUAUGAGGAGGCGCUGCUACUGCUGCUCGAGGCGGAUGAACAGUUUAACGCAUGCGAUUCCAAGUUUCUGGAAACAGUGGAUAACUAUGCUCUGCUCAAUUUAGAUAUUGUGUGGUGCUAUCUGUGCCUUAAGAAUGUCUCCCAACUGCCGGAUGCAGACCGCCGUCUGAGCAUCUGCGAGCGCAGCUUUCAGCGCAGCUAUGGCGAGAACUAUUCGCGUCUUUACGCGCUUAAGGGUCGCGGCUGUCCGGAGCGUGCGCUUAUUAUGCGCUUGCAUCUGCUCCAAGGUGUCGUGCUGUACCAUCAAAACCAGCGGGAUGCCGCCUAUGAGCGCUUCGAGGCGGCUGCCGCGGUGCUCAGCGAGCUGAAAGUCAACGAUGAGCAGCUGCUGCUGCUGGUCGAAAUGGGCUUCGAGGUCAGCGAGGCGCGUCUCGCCCUGCGCUCCAGUUCGGGCAACGUGGAACGUGCGGUUCAGUACAUACAGCAACGGAAACAACAGCUAUCCGAUGCCCGGAAACAGUCAAAGGGAGAGCGCGCCAUGCACCGACGCUAUGCCAAGCAGGCGACCAAGGACAGCGACUGGGUUAAUCCGCGUAGCGUUUGCACCCUUACCGAAAUGGGGUUCGAUCGUCGCCUGGCGGCGGCGGCGCUGCGCCGCACCCAAAACGAUGUGCCACGCGCAGUGGAACUGCUGCAGACCAAUUCCGCUGAGUUGCGUGCAACUUUGCUUGAGUCGCAAAGCGCUGACGCCGUACAGCUGGCUGCCCUGUUGCAGCUGGGCUUCACAGAGCCGGCUGCACGCGCAGCCCUUGAGAGCGCACAAAACAAUUUGGAGCAGGCAACGGAUUUUCUGCUUAAGGCUAUCCAGAGCGAGGAGGAGCUGUUGCAGACCGUUGAGCGUGUGACACAGCUGGCCACCAAUGGCAUUGGCAAUGAUGCAGCGUCCACGUCACAAGCGGCCAUGUCACCUACCGGCUCCCUCAUAGAUGCCGUGCUGCAAAAGGCCAAAGCCGAGAUGGAGGCAUAUCAGGCGUAUAAGCGUUUGCACGCCGACCUCACGCACAGUGAUCAGGACUAUUUGGAUUUGCCGCUGCUGCAGGAGGAACAGCUCCUAGCCGAGUACCGCAACUUGCUCGAGCAGUAAACGGGAGUCGCUAGCUGCGUUAGCUGUUUGUUUUUAGCAUUUAAGCCAUUAAAUUUAAUUACGUUCGUUACGGCGGCUACGGCACGCUAUAUAAAAACAGGUUUAUCACAUGUGGAUAACUGUAA